AUGGCGAGCAACGGCGCGAAGACCCCGGACGGGCAGAUUUCCACCGAGCUCCACGAGGCGCCCACCUCCAACGACAAGCCGAAAACUCUGGUGGUGAAGGUGCAGAAGACCAGAACCAUCCCCGAGAGGGAGAAAUGGGGAGGGAAAUUUGACUUCCUGCUCUCCUGCAUUGGAUAUGCCAUCGGUCUGGGAAAUGUCUGGAGGUUUCCUUACCUUUGUGGGAAAAACGGUGGAGGGGCCUUUCUCAUCCCUUACUUCUUGACCCUGAUCUUUGCUGGGAUGCCAAUCUUCCUCCUGGAAUGCUCGUUGGGCCAAUACACAUCUGUCGGUGGACUGGGUAUCUGGAGACUGGCGCCAAUGUUCAAAGGCGUAGGUCUGGCUGCUGCAGUCCUCUCAUUCUGGCUCAACAUCUACUACGUCGUCAUCAUUGCUUGGGCCAUUUAUUACUUGUAUAAUUCAUUCACAUCAGAACUUCCUUGGCAAAGCUGUGGUAACAUCUGGAACACAGAGAGCUGUUUCUCAAACUACAGUAUGACCAAUGCCACUAACAUCACCAGCCCCAUUGUGGAAUUCUGGGAACGAAACAUGCACCAGUUAACAGAUGGACUGGACCAGCCUGGACAAAUCCGAUCUCCUCUUGCAAUAACGCUGGCCGUCGCCUGGAUUCUGGUAUAUUUUUGUAUUUGGAAAGGCGUCAGCUGGACAGGAAAGGUAGUUUAUUUUUCAGCAAUAUAUCCCUAUGUUAUGCUGCUCAUUUUGUUUUUCCGCGGAGUAACACUGCCUGGAGCUCGAGAAGGAAUCUUAUUUUAUAUAACCCCCGAUUUCAGCCGCCUUUCAGACUCAGAGGUAUGGUUGGAUGCAGCCACACAGAUAUUUUUCUCUUACGGCCUGGGUCUUGGUUCUUUGGUGGCGCUUGGAAGCUACAACACCUUCCACAACAAUGUUUACAGGGACGCAAUUAUCGUCUGCUGCAUAAAUUCCACCACCAGUAUGUUUGCCGGUUUUGUUAUUUUCUCCAUCGUGGGCUUUAUGGCACAUGUGACAAAGAAGUCUAUUGCGGACGUGGCUGCUUCAGGUCCUGGUCUGGCAUUUUUAGCAUACCCCGAGGCAGUGACGCAAUUACCAAUAUCUCCACUGUGGUCUAUUCUUUUCUUCUCGAUGUUACUGAUGCUUGGGAUUGACAGCCAGUUUUGCACUGUGGAAGGCUUUAUAACUGCUUUGGUGGACGAGUUUCCCAAAUUGCUACGAGGAAGAAGAGAAAUUUUCAUUGCGGCAGUCUGUGUUAUUUCAUAUUUGAUAGGACUCUCCAACAUUACCCAGGGUGGUCUGUAUGUCUUUAAGCUUUUUGACUACUACUCUGCUAGCGGAAUGUCUUUGCUCUUUCUUGUUUUCUUCGAGACCAUCUCAAUAUCUUGGUGCUAUGGAGUGAACAGGUUCUUUGACAACAUUGGGGAGAUGGUUGGCCACAGACCUUGCCUCUGGUGGAAACUCUGCUGGUCAUUUUUCACUCCAAUUAUUGUGGGGGGUGUAUUUCUCUUCAGCGCAAUUGAAAUGACACCACUUACGAUGGGAAGUUAUGUUUUUCCCAAGUGGGGCCAAGGUGUGGGCUGGUUUAUGGCUUUAUCAUCCAUGAUAUUAAUUCCUGGCUAUAUGGGUUACUUGUUCCUCACUUCAAAGGGCUCUUUAAAACAGCGUCUUCGACUUAUGACUCAACCAACUGAGGACACAAAAUGCCGGGAGAAUGGACCAGAACAGCCUGAGCAUGGCAACACUCCAAGCGAUGAAGCCUAUAUGUAG